UGAUUUGUAGGUAUGGCUUUCCUACCAGCGAGCAUUUCUUACCUUAUUGGCACCAAUUUAACAAAACGUGAAGAUGGGCGGCGGUGCGGGCUACAACACACAGUUCAUGCAACACCCGGGCCCCAUGUCCCCGGCAGGUAUGGGUCCCGCUUGUUCUCCGUCAAUGGGGCCCCUCAGGGCCAGAGGAUGCCCCUACACCCAGGCUACCCCAGGGCUCAGCAGGGACCCACUAGGCCGCAGCAGGGACUCAAAUGCCCAUACAAUGCUGAGCAGUAUGGUCCAGGGCUUUACCGGGCAGCAGUAUGKUCCAGGCAUGGCUGACCCUGCUCCUGGUCAGGGACCCUACCCUGGGCAGCCCAUGCAGUACCACAGGGGCCUGUGGCCCCAGUGCUCAGCCAACUCUCCCUCCUAUCAAGGCCACAAGAUGCCCAUGCAGCAGGGAAACAUGGGCCAGUACCCCUCAGGACCAGCCCAUCCAGGACAGUGCUACAAGGAACCCGAAAGAGGAAAAGGAGAAAGUCAAACGCUCCGGCUGAAAUGUAGGAAGUCAAAAGCUCCAGCUGAAAUGUCCUUAUCAGUUGUCCAAUAGAAGGGGGAGUAAGAGUGUGCAUAGUGUGAUUAUAGAUCAGAGGCCAUUAGGCUCAGAGGUGUAAACAUACAAAUCAACUGAGAAUGUUAAUCAUGUUUUUUUUUUUUCAUGUUUUUUGUUUUGUACAUUUAUAAGUAAUUUCCAAGUUUAUAUAAUGUUGAACAGUAUGGAGUUAAUGUUCAAAAWGGGGGMCUGAUGGGUUAUAAACGUUAAAUAUGAAAUAUCCUUAUUCAUGUUACUGAGGGAGCAAGGGGAAUGCAAAGAGUUUACAUUCUGUCAGAGCAGGUUGGUAUCAGAUAUUAGGUAUCCUAUGGAGAGGAGAAGGGCCACAGUCUGGUUUCAGUUGUUGGGUUGUAAUUUGAAACACUUGCUACACCAGAAGUUAAUGUGUAGGGGUCAAUGGAGGUUGGAUAUGAGCCAGGGGCUUGGAAUGUUACUAAGUAAGGGAAAAGGCAAUCGCAUGGUUGCGGUCACAGAUAAGGGUGGAUUAGUGAGGAAUGGGGGCCGAGGUCAGGUCACAUGAAGGGAGAAGGGACAGUGUAUUACCCAUAUCACUUAACUUCCUGCCUAGCAACUGAGAUGUAUUGGCUGUCCAGAUGUGUAAGGAGUACACUCAGCACAGGAGGAAGUUAUAAAUAUAUGUACUUGUGUAAAUAUGUCUUUGUCUUCUGCAGCUGUGUGACCCAGUGAGUGAAUAAACUUGGUUUGAGCUUUA